AUGAACCAUUUAUUAUUCGAAGAAGCAGUAUAUUUAUUUCUUUACUUAAUUUCAGCUUGUAGAAGAGGAUGAAUUUCAAAGAUUAUCAAAAAUAAGUGAUGCAAUAAAAUUAGUAGCAGGGGCGAUUAUGAGAAUUAAAACAUUUAAUAAUUGGCAGAUAUUAAAAUACAGUAAAAAUACUUCAUAGAUUUAUUUAGUGAUUUGUUCUUAUCCCUUUUAGCAGGAGGUAAUAUAAUUGUUAAUGAAUACAAUCUUCGACUAUUUUUAAGAUAUUGAUUUUCUUAACGCUUUUGAAAAAGCUUUGCUUGAAAUAGCUUAAUUAAAAGAGUAAAGAAUAUUUCUAAGUUCUCGAUCUUAAUCCAUAAGGAUUGGUGUUCUUCAGCAAAAGUAUAAAAUUUUUUGAGAAAAUUAGUUAUAAUAAUGUCAAUAUAAGAAAAGAAAAAAUAAAAUAAACUUAUAUACCUUUUGCUAAGGCUGUUAUAGAGUAAAUGACAGUAGCUAAAAAAUUUGCAGCAUCUUUUCUUAAAAAAUAUAUAUAAUUAGCAAAAAUAUUGGAUUAAGACAUAAAAUAAAGAGUUUACAUAAUAAAGGAUUUUGUUGUGAAUACUAGAGAUCAUCAUUUUAUACUACUUUUAAUUAAUACAUUUUAAGAAUUAAAAGAAUCUGAUUUGAAGGACGAAAAAUGGGUAGAUGAUUUUGAUCAAGAAGUUUAAUAAUGUAUAUAGUAAAUAAAAUUUAGAUUGCUAAUUACAUAACAUAUUAGUGCCUCGUUUUUUAGAAAAGUAAAAUAAACCUCAGUUGGAUAAAAGCUAAUCUGGAAGUGAUUAAGAUGAAGAUUCUUUCUAAUAAAAUUUAUAAUCUUAAUCGAAUUCAACGAGCGAAAAAUAAUCCUUAAUAGACGAAGAGGAGAUGAUUUAAAAAUGGAUUGCAUAAAAAUCAAUUAAUAUUGAAUAAUAACAAUUAGAAAUACUUUCAAAAGAUGAAAACAUGUUUUUAUUAAUAAGUUUCAUUUUAAAUCCAGAAGAAGAAAUAAUUGAUGAUUAUUGGGUAGUGUAAUUUAAUAUUUGCAGAAAGAUUAAUAUCCGAUGUAAGAUAUCAAUGAUGAUGGAAUAUCUAAUAAGAUAAGAAAUUAGAAAAUUGAAUUUUACGCCUUGGUGAGAUCAUUUUAAACUGCAUAAGUGUUUCAUCAUAGAUAGAAUUUAGAAAAAAUGUAGUAAAAUAAUCAGAGUUUUUUAUAAAAAUUUUGUAAAAUGCAUAAAAUAUUUCAUAGAUAAAAAAACUUCAGAGGCCCUUCAAAACAAAAAUAGAAAUUUAAAUUUAUAUCACCUAGCUUUAACUAUAGAUUCUUUUUUAACUGUCUUUCCUAAAAGUUCAAUGGCUCUGAUUUUAGAAAAUUAAUUACUUUUUUCUUUAUCCACUUAUAUUUUCAACCCUCUUAUUAUGGGAUUAUUAAUUGAUAUCCAUCAAAUUUAAUUUAAUAAAUAUGACUUUGGACUUACUUAUAUUGAAUAAAUUUGGAAGUAUUAGCUCUUCACUGAUUGGUUUACGUGGUUACAAAAUAUAAUGUUUGAAUAAGAUAAUGAUUCUAAAUAGUUAGAAAAAUAAUUUAUAGGAGAAAACAUAGUAAAAUUAAUAAUUAUAAUAGUAAUUCAUAAUUAAAUGUCUCAAGGAAUUAAGUAAGAAAGAACAAAAAAUACCAAAGCCAAAAAUAUCAGAUGAUAAUAAAAUUAAAUUGACCUCUUUAUUUGGAUCUCUUUUAUCUGGAAAAAGUUUAACGAAAUAAAAUGUCAAAGAUUAUGAAAAUUGGAAAAUGAACAUAAAAUUAAAAGAACAUUUAACAAUUGAAGAAUUCAAAAGUUAAGAUUAUGAUAAUUUAAUGGAAUUUAUAAAAUAAAGAGAGUUUACAUAUAAAUAAUAAUUAGAAAAGAAAAUUUAGGAUGAAAUAUAAAUCUAAAUAGAUAAUAUAUAAUUAAAAAGAUCUUCAAGAGUUCGAAUGUCAUAGACAAAAAGUAAUCAUUAUUAAUCACCAAUUUCUAAUUCAAAACUAAUUUUAUAGUCAAACUCAUCAAUUAAAAGUUAAAGUGACAGUUAACCAAAUAGCAGUCGUUCAAUUAAACUACCAUCUAUAUAUGGAAAUAAUUAAUACAUUGAAUCAAAAUUUGGUUCAAUUUCUAGUUUGAGUCCUUAAGGAGAAAUUAAUUUUGAGUUAAAAACUAGGAACUUAAGCACUUUCGGAUAAUCUCCUAAAAAUAUCAAGCUUAAUAUACCUAGUCAAAGAAGACUCAAAACAGAGAAUGAUGAGCUUGUAACCAAUUCUAUUUAAUCAAACGAUGGUUUUUCUAGUAGUAGACUAAUUACUAUUUAUCCUUCCAAAUAAGCACAAAUUAAAUUUGAAUAAUCUAAAAUUGUUUUAAAAUAGGACUAAAUCAUUGUAGAAAAUUGUUUGAACUUCUUUAGUGAAAUACUUAAGACAAUUUUAGAUUUUUUUUAAUAACCUAAUAAGACUAAUUUGUAGUAAUUAAAUGAACAGAUUCUAAUAUAACAAAUUUUGAGUAUGAAUUUUUUGAAUUAAAUUUUUGAAUUAUACUUAUCUAGCUUAAUUGAUUAAAAUGUUUAGUAAUAAAAAAUAGGAGAAAAUUCUGGAUAAAUGAUUAAUUUGAUUUAUCACAAAUCCCACCAUAUUGAAUUAUUUUAAUUACUAAGAGAAUAAUUGAGAACUAUAUUUCUUUCCAAUGUUGAUAAUUUAACUCGGGCAAUAGUGGCAAUAAAUAAAUAAAUUAGAAGUGCAUCAAAAUUUGUAAAUAAGUUUUAAUUAUAACUCCUUUUAUCUACUUACUUUUAUGGGUUUAAUUUAUUUAGUAUUCAUACUUAGUUAGUAAGUACAUCAAAUAUUUAUAAACAUUUAAAUGAAACUGUAAUGCAUAUUUUCAUUAUUUGGUUUUUUGAUAGUCAAUAAAAUAGUUGCUAUUAAUAUUUCUUUGCAAAAUUUUUAACAAUUUUAUUUGCAAAAGCUCCUAUAUAAUCACUGACAAAUAUUUUGUUUAAUCUUGGUUUAAUAAAUUCUAUAUAUAAUGCAUUUUAAUCUUUUUGGGUUAAUGGUAUGAAAAGCAAUUAUUUUUAAGCAGGAGUCUAUUUUUAUAUGAGGAUGUUAAUUUACAUGAUAAAUAAAUCAUUAAUUCAUAGAAAUAUGACAGUAUUACAAGAAUAUCUGCGACCUUUAGAAUCAUGGAAAGUUGUAUAUAGAUUAAUUCCUGAUGAAGAUUCUAAUUAUAUGAUUGAAUUGCAAGAACUUUUAAAAACAGGUCAAACUCCAAUUAGAAGGAUUUAGCUUAAGAGAACAAAACUUGAAAAAUUAAAAACUUAAUUGACUGUUGAUUGUUUCGAUGCUAAGUUAAGAGAGAUUUAACAAUUUGAAUAGGCUUAAAAAGAUAAGUUAAAAAAAUCAUCUUCUCCUAAAAUAUUAUAAUAAGGAAAAAAAAUAUAAAAUAGACAAAGUGUAUUUAAAAAUAGAACAAGUUUGAAAAACGAUAUUUGA